UGGAAUUGCUGGCAAGGGAAAGGAAAGGGAAGGGAAGGAAAGGAAAUGAAAGGGAAAGGGAGUAUAGGAAUGGGACAGAUGUAAGUCAGGUCCUGCACGUUGCCAAGGAAGGCUAUCUUUUUUGUGUGAAAUAGCUGUCUUAAUUGUACAUAAAUUCUUGUGUUACAUGGGGUUCCUAUGGUAUUUUAUGGGGUUGGGAUUUAGUCAAUUAGUUAGGUAGGUAGUUAGGGAUGUAAAUGGGUAGAGUGAGAUGGAAACAAGAGAGGCAGGGAGAAAAAGGGGAUUUACGUGGAUGUCGGAUGGAUCCGAUGGCUGGACACACGGAGGGAGGAAAGGAAGGAAGGAUUAAGGCAAGGAAGAAUGCAGUGACGGAGGGAGGAAGUGGAGUGUCGGGAUGCAAGAAAUUGCGAGGAAUGUGUAGUUUUGGUUGGUCAUUGAAUCGCCGUUGUGAUGGCAUAGAGGGCCUUGAGAUCAUGGUGAAGUCAAGCAAGUUCUGUCUUGGGCACGGUGGUUCAGUAUACGAGAAGCCCAAGAGUGACCUAGGGUGGAGAUUAACAGGGAGGAGGAAUAGAAGCAAGACAAGAUGGAAGGAAGAGAAGGUAGGGGGAAGCAGAAGCAGAGAAACUGAACUCGGGUGGCAAAACGAUGACCGAACGGAGGGAUAGUGGUCAGCGGAGUGCAUGAGCGGAGCAAGGGAAUUAGGCCGCAGAAUGAAGAAGAUCUGGAAGCCUAAGGACCAGCGUAAGGAACACGAAGAACAGACAGAGAAGGACCUGGUGUGGCGAGCCCGAGGGCGUGGAAUGGGAGAGAAGAGGUGGUGGAAGAAGGACUAACUGAGGUACACACUCUGCGUCUCAUCAUGCAUGCUAAGUGCUUGCCCUUGUUCUAUCACAGGACAAGGUGGUGGAUGGGCAGACUAGAAGGUAUUCGCCAAGUUACCGUCGUCGACAUGAGGGGGGGUCUGCGAUACUUUUGUUUCUUCAACUGUGUAGUGCAUGUUAUUGCUAGGUUCCGCGCAUCGUGAAGCCAAGGGUGAUCAUGUCCAUUGCUUGUAGAUGAUACCUCCCAUUGUACCCUGCUUUACUGAAUGCUGCGCCCAAUCGUCCACCGCCUUUGCCGUGGUACUUCCAAUGGACCAAUGGUGCAUUUCCUGUUCCAUGGUACAUGUGAUGAUGGUCCAUCCAACGAUGCAUUCUGCAAGGCGUCAUUGCCUGUAGGAUCUUUGCAUCUAAUGCCCUGUCUGACAUUACACCUGUGGGUCUGCCUAUUGGCUGGUUCAACUAAUGGUCCAUGUGAUGGUACACCCGAGAGUCGAUUCGCUUGAAGAUGGUGCAUUGAAAGGUUUGUUCCACGGAUUGUCGAUACCAGGGUCCAGCGGAUGCAGAGUCGCAUUGGCACGUAGCUCGGCGGUUCGUUUCCCUGCUGUCUCUGUCCAUCGUGUUCUGUGCCCUGACAGAAUUGCACUCUCUGGUAUGUUGAGAUUUGUGUCUGAUUUUUGCAUGCCAUUUCAUUACCUUGUGUGUUAGCACUUGCAAUGGUAAAACCAUGGUUUGGCGGCGGGUUAACUCAGGGGUUAACUCACUCUGACUCUGAACUACUUGAGCAUCAGGGGUUAACUCAUUCUGACUGUGAGGUGAGCCAUUGGGUGUUAACUUACGGUGACUUUGAGGUUCGCAUAACUGACGAAGUUUCAUUUCAAGCGAGGCUGGGAACAGGAGUCCAGCAAGUUAUCGAGUGUCGGGCGUUCUUGGCCUUGGGGUUCAAACUGGGUCCUGGUUGGGAGGGGUUUAAUUGGGGUUUAAUGUGAACGACUAACCUUUGGCAGUUGAGUUCACACGGCUGCCUCGGCACUUGGCAAUGGAGCCGAGGGAUUCAGUUUUGAUCAGUCGCUCGUUUGUGAUAUAUAUGCUAUGCAUAUAUUCACGUCUCUAUGGCCGCCGAGUUGAGUGUGUGGUCCCCAAGGAUAUGAACAGACAUGA